GGCCACGUAGCUCAGCGUGUCAAAAUUUCUUCCGACAAGAGUUCACAAACAGUCGUGCGUUGGUGUAGUUUCUCCAGCGGAUUUCUCGUGUUUUAGUGUAAUUUCCAACGGACCGCCACCAUGGGGAUUAAAUUCCUGGAGGUGAUAAAACCCUUCUGCAGCAUAUUACCUGAGAUCGCUAAGCCAGAGAGAAAGAUCCAGUUCCGGGAAAAGGUGCUAUGGACUGCCAUAACACUCUUCAUCUUUCUGGUGUGCUGCCAGAUUCCCCUGUUCGGCAUCAUGAGCUCCGACUCGGCGGAUCCCUUCUACUGGAUCCGUGUCAUCCUGGCGUCCAAUCGUGGCACACUGAUGGAAUUGGGCAUCUCACCGAUCGUCACAUCUGGUCUGAUCAUGCAGCUGCUGGCUGGCGCGAAGAUCAUCGAGGUGGGUGACACGCCGAAGGACAGGGCGCUCUUCAACGGUGCCCAGAAGCUGUUCGGCAUGGUGAUCACCGUGGGCCAGGCGAUCGUGUACGUGAUGACGGGCAUGUAUGGCGAGCCAUCGGAGAUUGGAGCCGGCGUUUGUCUGCUCAUCAUCAUUCAGCUGUUCGUGGCGGGCCUGAUUGUGCUGCUGCUGGACGAGCUGCUGCAGAAGGGAUACGGCCUGGGGUCGGGAAUCUCUCUGUUUAUCGCCACGAAUAUCUGCGAGACGAUCGUGUGGAAGGCCUUCUCGCCGACCACCGUGAACACGGGCCGCGGCACGGAGUUCGAGGGCGCUGUCAUUGCGCUGUUCCACCUGUUGGCCACGCGUCAGGACAAAGUGCGCGCUCUCCGCGAGGCGUUCUACCGCCAAAAUCUGCCCAAUCUCAUGAACCUGCUCGCCACGGUUCUCGUCUUCGCCAUCGUGAUCUACUUCCAGGGCUUCAGAGUGGAUCUGCCCAUCAAGUCGGCGCGCUAUCGAGGGCAGUACAGCAGUUACCCUAUCAAACUCUUCUACACUUCCAACAUACCAAUCAUCCUGCAGUCGGCCCUCGUGUCCAAUCUCUACGUGAUCUCACAGAUGCUGGCCGUGAAGUUCCACGGCAACUUCCUCGUGAACCUGCUGGGCGUGUGGGCGGACGUCGGCGGCGGCGGCCCGGCGCGCUCUUAUCCUAUAGGCGGCUUAUGUUACUACCUAUCACCGCCGGAGAAUGUUGGUCACAUUCUCACAGAUCCCAUCCACGCGCUCCUCUACAUCGUCUUCAUGCUGGGCUCGUGCGCUUUCUUCUCCAAGACAUGGAUCGACGUCUCUGGCAGCUCAGCCAAGGACGUGGCGAAGCAGCUGAAGGAGCAGCAGAUGGUGAUGCGAGGACACCGAGACCACUCGAUGAUCCACGAGCUGAAUCGCUACAUCCCCACGGCGGCCGCCUUCGGUGGUCUGUGCAUUGGGGCGCUGUCUGUGCUGGCUGACUUCCUGGGCGCCAUUGGCUCGGGCACGGGAAUCCUCCUCGCCGUGACAAUCAUCUACCAGUACUUUGAGAUUUUCGUGAAGGAGCAGUCCGAGAUGGGUGGCAUGAGUACGCUCCUGUUCUAAGAGGCGAGGCGGUCCUCCGCAUGCGGGAUUGGAUAGUAAUACAAGGAAAACAAAAAGACUUGCUCCCGGGUGGCAAUUAAAUUGAAUAAGAGAAAUUACAAUGAAAAGGAUUUCACUCUCUUGCGAGCGGACAAACAGCGGAAUGGGCGCAGAUUGAUGUAGUUGGCAAAAGGAUAAAAAAAACAAACAAACAAACAGAAUGCUGGAGGAGUAAUUGUUAACUACAUUUCAUUUUUACUUACAACUCAUGCAGACAUUAAGCAUUAAUUUAAUGUUAACUUGAAGAAAGAUAUUCUCUUAUUUAAAUUCCGUGUAAAGAUCAAUACAAAAUAAGAUUUAUAUUUCACCUGAAA